CCCAGUUGGUUCGCAUCCAGAAAAAAAAAUUGGUUCGCAUUCCCCAUCUCCCUGACACCCAGCCGCUCAGCCGCCCCAUCCCCGCCGCCUCAUCGUUCAUCGCCGGUCGCCUCCCGGAGACCAGCCGCACAAGAGGCUCCCCGCUCCCGCCUCUCCUUCCCGCCCACCCGGCCGUCGGCACCAACUGCGCCUCCUGCGAGCUACGGCGACCCUGCCCUGCGCGGCUACACCCGUACCCCCGGCCGCCUACAGAGCCGGCGGCAGCCGCCCAGUCACCUGUCCGGCGGCAGCAAAUCAGCAACCUGCGGUCCUGCCCCAGUUAACCCGAUUUAAGGACCACCCUGGUUUCAAAUCCUAGAUCCUCUAGGGACUAUCGAUUUCAGCGGCUUGCCGGCGGGGGUCGAAGGAGAGUCGGAUCGAGAUGGUCGCGCCGAGGAGGAGGCGGCGCUCCCCGUCCGGUCCAGAUGGACGGCCACACACGGGAGGUGGGGAGCGGAGCGCCGGAGGAGCCAUGGCCUCGGAGCAGAAGGCCGCCAAUAGGGUUUCAAUCAAUCGGCCGGCCCUGCCGCCCAAGCUCAACGCCGGCGCGGACCGGAUCAGCGGUCUCCCCGACCACCUCCUCCUCGAGAUCCUCGAGCGCCUCGACCUGCGGGAGGCGGUCCGCGCCGGGGUGCUCUCGACGCGGUGGCGGCACCUCCCCAAGCACCUCUCACGAGUGGACCUCGACGUUGCUCACUUUCAGGGCGCGACGCCGCUCGAGGCCACGGACGCGUUCACGGGCGCGGUCCGGUCGUUGCUCGCCGGGGUUCCCCUCGCCGAGAGUGGCGCCCUCAAGUCCCUCGUCCUCGGCUUCUACAUGCCUUCCUCUCCUCACCUGAACACCAUAGGCCGCCUCGUCCAGGACGUCGUGAGCUUGGGCCAGACCGAAUGCCUUGAGUUUCGCACGUCCCUGCCGCCCCCCGAGCCGCUGCUCGAUGAGAUUGCGCGGCAGUUCAUGUCCUUCUGCCGCGCCUACCAGGUCGCCUUCUCUUGGCUCACGAGUCUUGCACUCGAGCGCCUUGUAUUUGACCAUUCUGACAUCACCGAGCUCAUCAGCGCUUGCGGUAGGCUCAGGCACCUCAGCAUGUGUGCCUUCAGACUGGUUGAUCCGCACUCCGUGCUCAAGAUCGACGUGCCGCACUCUGGAAUCCAGGAGCUCGAAUUCAGCUUCGUUGGGUGCAUGCUGAUCGAGCUCAUUUCUGUCCCUAAACUUAGGAAAGUGUGGUGCCAUUAUUGGUUCUCCCAGAACCCUCCAUUGAGCUUCGGCUAUGUUCCUGAGCUUCGCUUUGUAAGACUCUCUUCUAGAGCCCGGGCAUGGCAGGAGCCAUUCGCGCUGAGCGAGUGCCUGUCAAGGAGUGCCAGCAACCUGUCGAUACUUGCUCUCAAUUUCAGCUGCCCUAUAGAUUUGGAUUCUGCCAGAACAUCCGAAGAAGCUCACUGCUAUGUUCAGAAACCUGACCUCUGUGUUUCUUUGGGAUAUCUUCAAUGAGUGUGAUCUGAACUGGACACUGUUUAUCCUUGAAGCCGCACCUUGCCUACAGUGU